GCCGCUUCUGAGUUCAGUCUCAGUCAUUUCCAAAGCGGGUCAUUUAUUGUCAAAAUGGAGUUUCUACUGGGAAAUCCGUACAGCACGCCUGUGGGCCAGUGUAUAGAGAGAGCCACAGACGGAGGCCUACAGAGUGAGGACUGGACUCUGAACAUAGAGAUCUGUGACAUCAUAAACGAAACAGACGAGGGGCCAAAAGAUGCCAUGCGGGCCUUAAAGAAGAGACUCAGCGGCAACAGGAACUACAGAGAGGUUAUGCUGGCGCUAACGGUGUUGGAGACAUGUGUAAAGAACUGUGGUCACAGGUUUCAUGUCCAUGUGGCCAACAGAGAUUUUAUUGAUGGCGUCAUGGUCAAAAUCAUCUCCCCCAAAGCCAACCCUCCUACGAUAGUGCAAGACAAAGUGCUGUCCCUCAUACAAUCCUGGGCCGAUGCCUUCAGGAGCAGUCCCGAUCUUACUGGCGUGGUCCAUAUCUAUGAAGAGCUGAAGAGGAAAGGCGUCGAGUUUCCAAUGGCAGACCUGGAUGCUUUGUCUCCGAUUCACACGCCACAGAGGGGCACACCUGAAGUGGACCCAGCCAUGAUGAAGUACCUUGCUCCUAACACAUCGGCUGAUGAUGCUCCUAAACCCAACCAGCCAACACCCGCUGCCACGCAGGCCUCCAACAUCCCCAGCCCUGUCACUGCGACCCCUGAACAGAUUGCCCGGCUGCGGAGCGAAUUGGACAUCGUGAGAGGAAACAUUAAAGUCAUGUCAGAGAUGCUUACGGAGCUGGUCCCUGGCAAGGAAGAUGGUUCUGACCUGGAACUGCUCCAGGAGCUGAACAGAACGUGCCGCGCCAUGCAGCAGCGGGUGGUCGAGCUGAUAAGUUGUGUGUCCAACGAGGAAGUGACUGAGGAGCUGCUGCACGUCAACGACGACCUCAACAAUAUAUUCCUUCGAUAUGAGAGGUAUGAGAGGUACAGGUCAGGCAGGGCGGCUCAGAACAAUGGGAUGUUGGCUGAUGCUACAGAAGAUAACCUCAUAGACCUGGGCCCGGGCUCUCCCUCUGUGGUUACACCCAGAAAUAUGUCAAGCCCUCCGUCCAGCUCCGCCCCCAGAGCCUCAGCCUCCCCAACCCACAACACGUCCACACCUUCCAUAUCUACUGUACUCGCUAGUCUUGAUGUAGGUUCUGACAAUGUGAGCGGAACCCUGACGUCUCUGUCGGGCCACAGCAAGGAUGACUUUGACAUGUUUGCCCAGACCAGGAGCAGCUCACUGGCUGAACAACGCAAAAAUGUAAAAUAUGAAGAGCCCCAGGCUCUGGGAGGCCUAGCUUCUGCUUUGGACGUGAGACAACAAAACGCAAGUGGGCUGAGGGUAAAGGGGGAUGAUAACCCAGCAGAUCAGGAGCUGCCCAUAGACAGCUGGCUUAUUACCCAAGGAAUGAUCCCCGUAUCGCAGUCCUCUGUCAUGGAUGACAUAGAGGAGUGGCUCUGUGCUGACGUGAAAGGAGAUGCUGCUGAGGAGGGAGUGACUAGUGAAGAGUUUGAUAAGUUCCUGGAGGAGCGAGCUAAGGCAGCAGACACCCUCCCGUCUCCCCCUGGAGCUAACCCUCCUCACCCCACUCGUCCCCCCACUGGCUCCCACAAGAAGGCUGAACGGACAGAGGAUGCCCUCUUUGCCUUGUAGACUGUUUUCAGCAAACAUUAGCUUCUCCAACAGGGAACUGCAAGGUCAUCCUAAACAAUUCCCCUCCAAACCAGCUCUUUUAUUUCCAUUUUAGCACUGACUGGAUGGAAGUGGUGUGGCAAAUGAGCUCCACCUUCUUGCUCUUCCCUUGCGCAAACCCAUGGAGCACACUGCCAUGUUGCGUUUUACUGUAAAUGGAUGUAUAAAUCUGUUAAUGUGGGAUGUAGAACUCGCAGGCCUGCGGCUCAUUUGCAGCGAUCCCACCAAAUGAAGACAACCUAAUUCGUCUCAUGUGGUGUGAGAUUGUGUUAUAAUUCCGCUAAGAUGAAUUAAUAGCAGAAAUGCAGGCUUAUGCAUUGAAUUUGUAUGGAAGCAUACAGUUAGACUAAUGUUAUUUUUACUAUAUUCAACUAAUUGCCUAUUUAUGCAUUUGUUAUUCUAAUGGUUUGAUCUGUAAUAUGUGCGAGAGCGGUGGUUUUGGUUCAUCAGUUAUUUUCGAUUAAUCCGCAAAUAUUCCAUUGAAGAAUUCUGGUUUGUUUUUUAAUAACUGUAUUAAGUAAUGUGGAAGGGAACACUGUGUUACCCUGCUUACCAAUAACACUGCGAAGAAGAGGCUUAUUUAAUCACAUCUCAUCUUAAUAAACCAGGCAUUCGCUGCAUUCCUCUAACCAAAGGGAAUUAUAACCACAGCCACAACAAAAGGAACCUCGUUAAUGCAUUUCAAACGACUAAAGGGAAGAAAUAUGCCCUUCGGAUAUUUUAUGCAUCUUUAAAAAAAUACAAACGUGAACUGGGAACAACAAACAGCUGCAAGCACCUUUAGCCAUUCCAAAGAAUAUUAAGGCUUUAAUGACCAACUAGGAUUUUAUUUUUAUAUACUAAGAAUAUAUAAAAAGUAAGAGUAAUAAACUAUGGAUGUCGGUACAUGUUUUGGUGAUUGAGGAAAAAGUCUUGGUUUGGUUUUCCUUUAAUAUUUCAAAUGAUUAAAAACAUAACAAUCACAGGCAAAGCAGUGUUUUAAAAAAACAAAUACACCAUUUUUUUUCAUAAUCUGACGCAACAACUUGCAAUAGCAAAGGCCAUAUAUGGUAGGGGUAAGUUUGUUUUGGAUCGGCCUCACGAUCUUAAGAAAAGAUGGGAUCAAGUUAAUAUGUACAUUAGUAUUAACUUGUCAAAAGUUUAGAUUUGUGCUCAUUUUAUAUGUUCUUUAUAUUUGUAGUGCAACAAUAUGUGGGACAGCACCUCUGAAGUGCACAUGAGAAACAGCGCCUCCUACAGUCAGGGAAUGCGAUGAUCGAAGAAUUGCAUGCCUUUCUAGACAUGUACAAAUGGGUCCUAUUUUUUUAUUUCUUUUUACCAGUCAGUUUGUAUUUUUGUUUUAAAUAUGAAACACAAAUUUAACUAAAUAAAAAAAAUACCUUUUUGAAAAAUAGAAAAAAUAAGCAAAGUCAUUUUUCUUUAUGGUCUAGAAUGGAUGGCUUGGGGUGCGUUUUUUUUAAUGAUGGGCUUCCGUGUCUUGCUCAU